CCUGACGAUUGGCCAGUAGAUUUAGCUCUUUAAGCAUGUGAGAGCUGCUGCUCAAGGAAUGUCGCGUGUGUGUGCGCGUGUGUGUGCGCGUGAAGGUGGAUACGCACUGAAAUCACACAGCUCUCCUGCUUCAGCGCCAUUUACUCACCACUGAGCCGAGCCAUGCCUUCAGGCCUGCCUGCCUCAGAGUCGCUCUCCCCUCACCCCAUCGACAAGAUGUCCCUGCUGUACGAAGACGGCAUGCCGAAGGGCAAGGACCAGGUCCGGAACAGCGCGGAGGAGGAAGAGGAGAAGAACGAGCGCGUCAUGGAGAGGACCUGGAUCCGUCCAGAUCUGCCCAGCAGGUGCACGUGGAAGCUCGGGGAUCUGAACACGGUCUCUCCUCACAUCCACGCAGGAUGGACAAAGACUCCCAGCAUUAUGCCCAACAUCCUGAGACACAUCGGAGACACUCCACUGGUCCGCAUCAACAAGAUUCCCAAAAUGUUCGGGGUGAAGUGUGAGAUCUUGGGUAAGUGUGAGUACUUUAAUGCUGGAGGCAGUGUGAAGGAUCGCAUCGCCAUUCGUAUGGUAGAGGACGCGGAGAGAGACGGCAUCCUCAAACCCGGAGACACCAUCAUCGAGCCCACCUCUGGAAACACAGGUAUCGGCCUGGCCAUGGUUGCAGCAGUUAAAGGGUAUCGCUGCAUCAUCGUCAUGCCUGAGAAAAUGAGCAUGGAGAAGGUGGACGUACUGCGCGCUCUUGGCGCAGAGAUCGUCCGGACCCCUACCGCCGCUCGUUUCGACUCGCCCGAGUCUCACGUGGGCGUGGCCUGGCGCCUGAAGAACGAGAUCCCCAACUCACACAUUCUGGAUCAGUACCGCAACGCCGGCAACCCGCUGGCUCACUACGACAACACGGCCGAGGAGAUCUUGAAGCAGUGUGACGGUAAAAUAGACAUGCUGGUGGCGGGAGCCGGAACAGGCGGGACCAUCACCGGCAUCGCACGCAAGCUGAAGGAGAAAUGCCCGAACGUCAAGAUUAUUGGCGUGGACCCUGUGGGCUCGAUCCUAGCACUGCCAGAGGACCUGAAUAAGACCGAGAAGACCCAGUACGAGGUGGAGGGAAUCGGAUACGACUUCCUCCCCACCGUACUGGACCGAUCUGUGGUUGACGGUUGGUGCAAGACCAACGACGAGGAGUCCUUCAACAUGUCGCGUAUGCUCAUACGACAGGAAGGACUUCUGUGCGGUGGUAGUUCGGGAUCGGCCAUGGCUGCAGCAAUGAAGAUGGCGAAGGAGUUGAAGGAAGAUCAGCGCUGUGUGGUCAUCCUGCCCGACUCGCUGCGUAACUACAUGUCCAAGUUCCUCAGCGACAAGUGGAUGUGUGAUAAAGGCUUUCUGAGAGAGGAGGACCUGAUGAUCAAGAAACCAUGGUGGUGGAAUCUGACCCUACAGGAGCUGCGACUCUCUGCCCCUCUAACAGUUCUGCCGUCUGUCAACAUUAAGAACACCAUUAAGAUCCUGAAGGAGAAGUCGUUCGACCAGGCUCCGGUAGUCGACGAGGCCGGAGUGAUCGUGGGGAUGGUCACACUGGGUAACAUGCUGUCCUCUGUACUUGCCGGGAAGGUCAGUCCAUCUGACCCCGUCUUCAAAGUCCUGUAUAAGCAAUUCAAACAGGUUCAUCUCACAGAUAACCUGGGAAAGCUCUCCCGGAUCCUGGAGACGGACCACUUCGCCGUGGUUGUGCACGAUCAGAUCCAGUACGUGACAGACGGCUCAUCUGCUCUGAAGAAGAUGGUGUUUGGGAUCGUCACAGCCAUCGACCUGCUGAACUUUGUGACCACUCGUGAGAGGAGAGAGCGGACACUGUCCGAGAGCUCGCUCCCUGAUGACCUGUAGCUGACACACACACACACACACACUUACUUUGACACGCAUAUGCAACAGUAAGCAAUACAGCUUUAUAUAUUUUAGUGAGUUUAUUUUAAUGCAGGUGCACAUAUGUACGAGAUUAAAGGUGCGGUCUGUAAGGUUUAAACAUGUUUCUGCACCUGUAACAAUCAUACAGCUUUAAAUCUGGGAAUCGCAGUGUUGCUCUCUGAUCUCUUCACAGCAGGCUUCUGGUUACAUUAUUCUGGCCCGGAAAUCGGGUCCAACCCCAGUUGGAAUCAAAUGCUGCUGCCGCUCAUCUCCGCCCCUUUUUUCCCUUAAAAGGAAACAGGAAGUGUCGUUGAUUGUUAUUCAUAAUCCGAUCCACAGCGUUUUACUCUUUCCUGCCAAAUCGUGAGUGCAUCCUGACGACUCGCUGAGGUCAUCUGUGCACUUUAAACUCACUUUAUUCGCCAUGCAAUAAAGUUUAAACUGCUGUUUAUCAUCAUCACCAUCAUCAUCAUUACUUAAUCGUUAUAUAAUCGUUUUACUUUUUAGAGAUAUGUAUAUACUUGAAUUAAUACAGAGGCAUGCUUUAUUAUAACUUUCAAAUGAACGCUGCUGCUUUCUCUUUGAUUUGGCAUUCUGUAUAAGGCUCGAAUGCCCCCUCGUGGUCACAUGGGGUCACUGCAGAAUAGCCAAAGAAUAAGAAUGGUAGAAAUAUCUGCUGUAUUAUUGGAGGACUGUGAAUGAUUAUCGAUGCUUUGGCCUUGUCUUCAGAAUACUUGAUAGUUUAACUCAUUUGUUUUGUUUUUUUCUUCUUUCACUUGUCGAUUUACGGUACAUUAAAUCUGUGUGUAAGACGUGGAUGUAAAUAAUGAAGGGCAUGAGGCUUGAGGUCAUCAGGUUCAUGUUGUGAACGUUAAAACCUCCACAUCUUUUUUUUUGAAUGUCAUUUGAAGCAUUUUGUUUUCUGAGAGGGAAAUUUUAAAUGCUGCUUUCAAUUCAGUCUUAUUUUAAAUAAAGGGUUUUUUCCCCCUUCUUUAGGA